CCAAACCUCACAGAGAUACACAGCACAGAGAGGAACUUUUGCUGUUUGGCUGCAAUACUUCAUAAAGGACGCAGAAACGUUAAUUUUUUUUCAUCAUGAACAUAUCAAAUAUCACCACAGAAAACCAGGUUUACACUGGGGUCUUUGGCUCCAUUAUGGUGAUAGGUUUGCCUCUCAACGCUGCAUCACUGUGGAUUCUUCUUCGACGUCACAGCCUCAAAUCACCCAACACCGUCUUCUUGGUCAACCUGGCACUCUCAGACCUACUAGUUUUAAUUUCUUUGUCCAUGAGGGUCUACUUUCACGCCACAGGCACCUGGCCUCUGGGCAUUAUGGCAUGUUUCUUCAGCAUGUGCUCUUUCGCAACAACAUCCACUCCAGCGCCACCUUUCAUCACCUUCAUCAGCGUGGACCGCCUGCUGGCUGUGGUUUAUCCCCUGAGGUCAAGCCAUCUUCGAACCUCAUCCAAUGCCUGGAACGGAGCUGCAGUCAUCUGGCUAUUUGUGCUGAUGGUCAAUAUCCCAGGGAGUGCAGACUUUCUGAAACAUUUUUACAACUCAAGUAGCAUCACUUCAUCUGUAUACUUUCAGAUUGUAUCAUUGGUCACGAUGCUAUCAGUCAACAUUGUGUGCACAGCUGUGGUGUCUUGGACUUUAUACAAGCAUCUCAGUGACUCUGCAAAGGUCAACAAGGUAAAUAUAAUGCUGAUUUUUGCCAUGAACUUGGUUUUAUUCACUAUUUGUUUCUUGCCUGUGCCAAUACAUUUAGCCACAAGAAGUACUGCCAGUGUAACUCCAUUGAUAUGUCUUGCUGCUGUGAACUGCUUGCUCUUUCACAACAACAUCCGCUCCAGCACCACCUUCAUCCCCGCCAUCAGUGUCAAUCAUCUGCUGGCUGUGGUUUCCUCUUUGAGGUCAUCCAUGUUCAAACCAUGUUUUCCUUGGGAAUUGGGAGUCACAUAA